UAUAUAAACAGCAACCCCCUCCCCAGUCAUCCACCAUCGUUCGGAUCCAUUCCUCUGCCGCCGCAUUCCAAUCCCCCAUUCAUCCCAACGCCACCAGCAGCUCCGCAGGAGAGAGAUCGCCCGCCGGAGCCAUGACGAGGGGCGGCGGAGGCGACAUGAAGUCCUUCUUCCGUCAGCAGAAGGCGAACGCCGGGGCCGGCGCCACCAAGCCCACCGGCGGCGUCUCCAAGAAGGCUUCGCCGGCGGCGGCGCACCAGCACCACCAGAAGGCCGCGCCCGCCCUCCACGUCCACCCGUCGUCCCCAGAUCACGGCGCCAGCGCCGGUGCCGACACGGGGAGGCUCCAGCAGGAGGAGGAGGAGCGGGAGAGGGCGGCCCGGGAGUUCGACAUGGACAUGCGCUACGGGCCCUGCCUCGGCGUCACCCGCGCCCAGCGCUGGCGCCGCGCCGCCGCGCUCGGCCUCGCACCGCCGCCGGCGCUCCUCGCCCUCUGCACCGAUGACCAGCCCUGCCUCUGGGAGGGCCGCGUCUAGGCUGCGGACGUGUCCCCCCUGCGGCCCUGGCGCCCUGCCCCCGCGCUUGGCCGCCAUGCUCCAUCAGUAGCUCUGUGUUAGCAGGGGGAGGAGAAGCAUCGUCGCGUCCAUCCGUUCUGCUCCCGAGUGCCGUCUACCACACCUCGUGGUUGCACCAGUAGUACCAUCUGCGCCAAUCGAAGCUUUCUGUGGCGCCAGCCAUGUGUUGUGUUGUGUUGCCUCUAGUUAGUAUGAACCCUUCGUGUCUGGUGUGUUAUUGUGAUCAGAGCACAAAUGGUGUGUUAUUUUGUGUCUGGUGUGUUUUUUUUUUUUUGACAAAGUCUGGUGUGUUAUUGUGAUCAGAGCAGAAACGGUGUGUUAUUCUGAUCCGAGCAGAAAUGGCUUUCAUGUGUAUGAAUCCUUCCUAGUUCCUAGUGUUUUCUUGUCA